CGCGCCUCCCACUUUUCGUGCAAAUCCGAGCAGAACGAUUGAAAGGCUCUUGGAUGGAGGUGGGCAUUUGCUGUGUGAAGCCCGUAGGAGGGGCGUCUUUUGUGAUGAAAUGCUGAGCACUCGGUAGAAAAAGGGUGGGAGGCUGCCGGAUCCCCCGUUGCCAUGGUGACUUUUGUGCCUGGCUGAGCGGCUGCUGUGUGUGACAGGGAGGCGGCGGAGGACCGUGUCUCAAACCAGUGCAGGAAUUUGGCCAAUAAGGCACGGAUUGCGGAGCAGCCGGAGCUAGACACUACCCCGAUCCGGUCCACGGAAUCCAGGGAAGUCGACAGGACAGAUGCCUCGGUCUGUUGCCUCAUAGCACCGAUAUUGAACUUGUGCAACUCUGCAAUUGUGCAUUUGGACUUGGAAUUCUCUAAAGCUUGCUUUGCAUGUUUUUCGGAAGACGCCAGACACCAGAUUUCUUGGAUUUGUCCAAACAGCUUAUUUCCUUAUCCUCUCUUCAUUCAUCAAUUUUCAUUUGAACAGCUUGAAAACCAGCCGUCUAUGAUGAGCUGCAGUUUGAGAGACUGACUCGAGAGCUGGAGGCUGAGCGCCAAAUCGUCGCCACCCAACUGGAGCGAUGCAAACGGGGAUCUGAGACCGGCAGCACCAUGAGCAACAUAAGUUCAACAGAUGAACAUCUUCGCUGGGAUACUGAAGAUGGACAGAAAGACAUCGAGGAUGAGCUGAACACCGGACUGGAGCUUGUGGACUCGUGCAUCAGAUCCCUGCAGGAGUCCGGAAUUCUCGACCAUCAGGAAUACAGCACGAGCGAACGACCGAGUCUGCUCUCUCAGAGCUCGCUGCAGCUCGGCUCGAACUCCUCCGGAUAUCACAGCAGCCAGACGCCGGCUCUGAACGACGCCCAGGCUUCGGCAUCACCUCAGCUGCAGCAGCCUGGAGGAGCCGUGCACAACUACAACCAGGUGACAUCCAGCCGUGCAGCUCAACCCCAGAGCCAUGGCCCUGAACCCCAACAGCCGUGUCCAGCUUCGGGAAUCUACUACUCCAGCUCCACGUUGCCUGCUCCUCGUCUCAGCUCUCCCCUGAGCUCCAUGCAGCCCUCUGGCACAGCCACCGGCUCGGCCACCAAGCUCCAGCGUCUGGGCUCGGCCUCGGACGCUCCCCCCUACGCCACCACCCAGCGGCUGCAUUCCUCCUCCUCGUCCUCCUCACCCAAGCCCUCUCCUGCAAGGCUCGCCAAGUCCUACAGCAGCAGCUCCCCUAUUAACGCUGUGGGAGCUGGGGGCACGGCCUCGAGUUCACCCAUCCGCCUGGCAUCGCCGUCCAACAACGCCUCGCCGCUGCACCAGCAGCUCAGUGUGGGCAGCUACGCCACGCUCUCGCCCACCAAGAGGCUGGUGCACUCUUCAGAGCAGUACAAGAUUUCGCACGAGCUGUACGCCACCGCUACGCUGCAGAGGCCCGGCAGUCUCGCCGGAUCUCGGAGCUCAUACAGCAGUCAGCAUAGCCACACGGGUUCUGAUCUGAGACCCCUGCAGUCUCCGGAGCACCACAUCGAGCCCAUCUAUGAGGACCGGGUUUACCAGAAAGGUCCAAUGAGGAGCCUGAGUCAGAGUCAAGCAGAACCCCCUGCUCCAGGACAUACUGGCACCUACCGAACCAACACUGCCCCAUCCUCCCCCGGUGUCGACUCCGUCCCCCUGCAGAGAACAGCGAGCCAGAAUGCUGCCGGAACGUUCCCGCGUGGAGGCUACGCCGGCUACGUGGAGCCGUACCGCACGCUGCAGUACUGCUCAUCUGUGGAGUCUCCCUACAGCAAAUCGGGCCCCACUCUCCCUCCCGAGGGGACCCUGGCCCGCUCGCCCUCCAUCGACAGCAUCCAGAAGGACCCGAGGGAAUUUGGUUGGCGAGACCCCGAGCUGCCUGAAGUCAUCCAGAUGUUGCAGCAUCAGUUCCCCUCUGUUCAGUCCAAUGCUGCUGCAUACCUACAGCACCUGUGCUUCGGGGACAACAAGAUUAAAGCAGAGAUCCGGAGGCAGGGUGGUAUCCCCUUGCUGGUGGACCUGCUGGAUCAUCGGAUGGCGGAGGUGCACCGGAGCGCCUGCGGAGCUCUGAGGAACCUCGUCUAUGGGAAAGCUAAUGAUGACAACAAGAUUGCCCUGAAGAACUGUGGAGGAAUCCCAGCGCUGGUGCGUCUGCUGAGGAAAACCUCAGACGUGGACAUUCGGGAGCUGGUUACAGGUGUGUUAUGGAACCUCUCGUCAUGCGACGCCCUGAAGAUGCCAAUCAUCCAGGAUGCUCUGGCUGUCCUGACCAACACCGUGAUCAUCCCUCUGUCCGCCUGGGACGUCUCGCCGCAUCAGGAGGACCGCAAGCUGCAGAUGCACACGUCGCUCGUCCUGCGCAACGCCACCGGGUGCCUGAGGAACGUGAGCUCGGCCGGGGAGGAGGCGAGGAGGAGGAUGAGGGAGUGCGAAGGUCUGACAGACGCUUUGCUUUUCGUCAUCCAGACUGCACUGGGGAGCAGCGAGAUUGAUAGCAAGACCAUAGAAAACUGUGUGUGUAUCUUGAGGAACCUCUCGUACCGACUGGCGGCGGAAACUUCUCAGGGACAGCAGAUGGGCACCGAAGAGCUAGACGGCCUUCUGUGCAGCGACUCCAACGGGAAGGACGGAGAGAGUUCAGGCUGCUGGGGGAAGAAGAAGAAGAAAAAGAAGGCGCUGGAUCAGUGGGAUGGCGUAGGUCCUCUCUCCGACACGGCCGAGCCUCCCAAAGGAAUCCAGAUGUUGUGGCAUCCAUCCAUCGUGAAGCCGUACCUCUUGCUGCUCUCUGAGUGCUCGAACCCGGACACGCUGGAGGGAGCGGCCGGAGCGCUGCAGAACCUGGCUGCAGGGAGCUGGAAGUGGUCAGUCUACAUCCGUGCAGCGGUGAGAAAAGAGAAAGGACUGCCGAUCCUUGUGGAGCUCUUGAGGAUAGAUAACGAUCGUGUGGUGUGUGCGGUGGCUACAGCGUUACGAAACAUGGCCUUAGACGUCAGAAAUAAAGAGUUAAUUGGGAAGUACGCGAUGAGGGAUCUGGUCCACCGCCUUCCCGGGAGCAGUAACUCCAGCGGCAGCAGCGGCGGCAGCACCACCAACAGCGCAACGAGCAAAACCAUGUCGGACGACACGGUGACGGCGAUCUGCUGCGCCCUGCAUGAGGUCAUCACCAAGAACAUGGAGAACGCCAAGGCACUGCGAGACGCCGGCGGGAUCGAGAAGCUCAUCGGCAUCGCCAGGAGCAAAGGAGACAAACAUUCGCCCAAGGUGGUGAAAGCGGCAUCUCAGGUCCUGAGCAGCAUGUGGCAGUACAGAGAUCUGCGCAGCCUUUACAAGAAGGACGGUUACUCACAGUAUCACUUUAUCGGCUCUGCUUCAACGAUAGAAAGAGACAGACAACGACCAUACUCUUCCUCACGCACGCCUUCCAUCUCUCCGGUCCGGACCUCUCCCAACAAUCGUUCAGCAAGCGCCCCCGCCUCACCCAGAGAGAUGAUCAGCCUCAAGGAGAGGAAGACCGACUAUGAGUCCACUGGAACCAAUGCUAGUUUCCAUGGAAACAAAGGAGAGCACGCAUCCAGGAAAGACGCCACAGCAGUUCAAGUCUCGUGUGGAACCUCGACGCUGUUCCGCAACUCAUAUGCGACUCCAAGCGAAGAGGUAAAGCACAACCAGAUCCCGACCCAUCCAGCUCCACAGGAGAGCGUCCGAAAGGACUACGAGGUGCUUCCUCCAUUUCAGAACUCCACUAGAAACUUUGAAGAACCUUUUUUCGAAGAUCAGGUCCAUCGGCCCGCUCCUGCCGCUGACCUCAGCAUGCACCUGGGACUCAAGUCCACCGGUAACUACGUGGACUUCUACUCAGCCGCCCGUCCCUACAGCGAACUCAACUACGAGACGAGUCACUACCCCGCCUCGCCCGACUCGUGGGUGUAGGACUCGAUGAAUGAUGACCCCUCAGAUGACCCAGUGGAUGACUCCCCCUCCCCCUUCCCAGUGACUACUACCCGACGAAAUCCGGGUGCUUGCAAAGAGAGGCUGGAAAACUGUGCAUGUGCAUGCAUACCACAUUUUCGUCAACACAUUUCGUUCGUCACAAGGCUUGUUCCAUGGAAAGAGCAGGAUUGAAGAGGGAAUAUCGGGAUGUAAGCACAAAAAAGAAAGGAUUUACGAAAGAUGACAGAAAGUUUUGGCCCUGAAAGGGUUUGAAAGGGAUUUGUAAAGUAGGGAAUUUAACUAGCAAGGAUGCAAGGAUACGUGGACAGAAGCGUAAAAGAUGUUUACGUGGAAUUUGGGGAACAGCUUUUCACUUUUUUUUAGCAUUUUCUCUCACCACCUCAUUGUGAGUCAUGUUGAGUUUUGCCGAAUGUUUGAGAUCUGUUUGAGAUUUUUCCAGCCUUUUUAUCUAUUUCCGUUAUUCCUCUUCGUUUGAUUUGUACUUGAUUGGUGUACAUUACACUGCUGCCACUCGGAGGUGACUUUGGAUCUUCUUUUACAGCACAAAAAAAAAACCUAGACCACUUUUAUUUUAGAGUAAUGUCUCAGCUAUCAGUGUCUCAUUUUCAGAACAGGGUAUGUUUCCGGAGGAGUAUUGUUCGUUCUGAUAACGUGAGUGCGUUUGUGUUUCUAGACCAACAUUUUGAAAGCAGUUAAGAGAAUAUCAUUCCACUCUCCGUAUUGAUGAAGUGCUUUCUCACUGCCUAACAAAAGACGUGUAGAUAUUUAAACAUUUUGAUUUGUCAUUUUUUUCACAUUUUUGUUUUGGGACAAGAGUGUUAAAACAUAAAAAAAAACAAAAGAUGCAACUGUUUGUCAUCCAUGCCUGACCUGACUGAUGAGAUGACUGCCGUUGUGCCAAAAGUAAAUCACCACUGGAAAUGUUUUAACCCAAAUUUGGUGCGUUUAUACCACUAAUUAUUUACUUUCCACCAUUUCUUUUGUUCAUGAAUGUGUUGGGGUUUUUUUGUUCUGGAAUUAAGCUACUCAUCUAGGCAACACUGGAGUAACAAGCCCGGAGAGUGAGAUCUCUACGAGUUUAAUUUCCUCCAAAGAUGUACAAAAUCUGUCUCUCUGUGUUAGCCGAGUGUGUGCCGUGUGUCGUCCAUGUUUGAGAUGAUGACAGGCGGGGUGGCUUCUACCGUCCGACUUCUACUGGCAAAGCACCGUGAAAAAAAAAAACUACUAGACUGAGAUGUUCAUAGAGAAUGAUGACGAUUAUAUAAAUAUACGUAUAAAUAUAAAUCUAUAUCAUUUUUAUGUGCAGAUAUUGGUGUCACGAAAAAGCAACAAAAUGGCAAGAAAAGACUUCUAUUAAAAAAUUCUGUUCACCUAAAUGUUCUAAUUCCAACAGAGAAAAAGAAAGGAGAAGAAAAAAAAUAAUAAUAAUAAUGUCAAUCCCCGGUCUCAGUUGUUGUUGUUUCCGAGCUCCAUAGAUAAUCAGGCUGGAUUUUGAUGAUGUUCUGGUGCCAGGACAAUAAAAUUACUGUUUGCAA